AAGGCGGCGACUGCCGUUAAUGUUCGUCAUAUCUUAUGCGAGAAGCAUUCUAAAGCGACAGAGGCUUUGCAAAAGAUUCAGGAAGGUCAGGCGUUCAAUAAAGUCGCGCAAGAGUACUCAGAAGAUAAGGCGAAAGCCGGUGGGAGUCUUGGAUGGAUGGUUCGUGGAAGUAUGGUGGGCGCAUUUCAGGAUGUCGCCUUUGCGCUCACCCCUUCGACGGUCGAUAAACCCUUAGUAUCUGGUCUUGUCAAAACUAACUUUGGAUACCACAUUAUCAUGGUAGAGGGACGUCGCUGA